AUGAACGGCCGCGUAAACGCAGCCACCAAGCACGCCCUGGCACGCUCCGCCACCAUCCGCAGCGUCCCCAGCUUCGAGGGCUCCGAGUCAAGCCCCGACAGCAAGCGCAGCGCCUUUGCCAGCAGCGUCAACAGCACCGCCAGCGCUUCCUCCGCCAUGCCCGCCACCCAGUACGAGAGGCCCUCGCCCGCCGUCCGGUUAAAAGGCGAACUGGCACACGACAUCCCCGUCAAAUGGAGUCCAAAGGGCUCUCCCCACACUCUCGACUCCUCCAUCCUCUCCGACGGCCCCGAGCCCGACCCCGGCCACUGGGACUCGACCAUUGGCAAGGCCGGCCUCGGAAAGACGGGCCGCGUCAUCAACAAGCUCGUCAGCGACAACGAUGCCCUCAAGCGCGACAUCCGCAUCGAGCGCCUGCGCGCUCACGAGGCCAAGGAGGCCGCCAAGCUCAUCGAGGACAAGAUGGAGCGCAUCAUCAGCGACUACGAGGCCCGCCUGCUCGAGGCCAACGUCACAAAGACCCUCCUGACGAGAAAGGAGCGCCAGGUCGCCAACUUGACCGCCACCGUCGAGGCCGAGAAGAAAAAAGCCGCCGCCGCCUUGGAGCGGGAAAAGAACUGGCAGCUCGAGCUGGACAAGGUCAAGACCGAGUCCACCCAACAGAUUGAAGAGGCCACGAGCUACGCCCAGCUCAUGGAGGGCCGCUACAACGCCAUCUCCUCCCACUGGCGAGACCAGGGCGACGACGUCAAGCGCGCCCUCUCCAGGAUCAAGGGCGACAUCGGAUCCAUUGUCGAGGAGCGCAAGUCGGACGACGAUAAGAUCCAGACCCUGCGGGAACUGUGCGAGCAGCAGGACGGCAACAUCAAGGAACUCCGUCGCGAAAAGGACGACAUAUCCCGCCUCUUUGACGAGUACAAGAAGACGCAGGAAGACGACCUCCGCGACAUUAGGCUCAACGCAAGCAGGAGGGAGCAGGAGCAGGAGAGGGUGCUCGACGAGUCACGGCAGGCCCUCGCCAAGCUCAAAUGGGCCCUCAACGUCAAGCAGAACGUCAAGGACGCCCAAUAG